UCACGCAGCGUAGAGCCGUAGUUUGCAGUCAGCAGCAGCAGUCGUAGAAGCGGCAGUCCGUGUUGCGACUUGGACGGGUUGUAACUUGCACGGCUCGAGUAAAAAGAGAGAGAAAGAAAAAAGAACAUCAAGUUAAAGAGCAACGAGAGGAGAUUCAUACGUACCGCAGUGACAUCGAAUCGAAUGGACGUCGUGCUGGCUGGCUGGUCGGUUGAAUUAGUAGUUACAACGGGUUGGUUAAAUUGCGUGAAAAAAUAUAACUGAUACGUUGUGCGACGUGAAAAUAUGCCUCGAUACAGUUGUAUUACAACCGAUUAAAGUGCGUGCUUCGAGAGAAAGGAAGAGAGAGAGAGACAAAAGAAGGAAAUCGAGAAGAGGAGAGGAAAAACGCACACACGUUACUCCAAAAAAAAAAAAGUGCCUGGCGCACGAGUAUGUGGUGAUCGGUUGUUGUGUGAAGUGCGUAGGUAUUAAUAUAUAUUACUAUUAUUAUUAUUAUUGUUGUUGUUGAACUGAUAAAAGAAAAGCGGAGAAAGGAAAGGUUGACCGAGAAAACGAAAAAAAUAAAAUACGCAAAAAAACAAAACAUUCAGUUCUGGGGGAAAAAAUGUUCAAUCACGAAUACGAGAAGCGACUGUUGAAGCCUAAUAAUGAUAUCACGAUAGACGCGACGACGAUGAUGAUGGGCAGCGGUGCGAACUCGGGCUGUGGAACGCCCGUUUAUUUCUCGCCUACGAAAUCAACGAACAACAGUUUCGAUCGUUUCAUACCUACGCGAUCGGGCAACAACUGGCAGACAACGUUUUCCAUGAUAUCCGAGGGCGGCAGGGCCGGCCUGGUGGCGAAGAAAACUCGAGAGAGCGGGGAGGCGAGUCGCGACGGUAUCGCCUAUUCCUGUCUCCUGAAAAACGAACUCCUGGGAGCGAGCAUCGAGGACGUGAAGGGCCAGUGCGAGGAACGCAGAGUCCUCUCGCCACUCGCGAGUAAGAAUCUUUUCAAGUAUACAACACCGACAAAGGAUCGAACCCUGCUGGACCAGAGCUCGCCCUACUCGCUGUCUCCGCUAAGCUCCAAGAGCCAAAAGCUUCUGCGUUCGCCCCGCAAAGCAACUCGCAAGAUAUCCCGGAUACCGUUCAAGGUUCUCGACGCCCCCGAGCUCCAGGAUGACUUUUAUCUGAACUUGGUCGACUGGUCUUCCCAAAAUGUCCUCAGCGUCGGCCUAGGCAGCUGUGUAUAUCUCUGGUCCGCCUGCACCAGUCAAGUCACCCGGCUGUGCGACCUUUCCAGCGAUAACAACAGCGUCACAUCCGUAGCUUGGAACGAGAGGGGGAACCUUGUCGCGGUCGGCACUCAUCUCGGCUACAUUCAGGUCUGGGAUGUCGCUGUUAACAAACAGGUCAGCAAGCUACAGGGACAUAGCGCCAGGGUCGGAGCUUUGGCCUGGAACGGCGAAGUUCUGUCUUCAGGGAGCAGGGACAGACUGAUUCUCCAGAGGGACGUCAGAACGCCGAGCGUCGUCGGAGAGCGGAGACUCGGAGCCCAUCGUCAGGAGGUCUGCGGGCUCAAGUGGUCCCCCGAUAAUCAGUACCUGGCUUCAGGAGGCAACGACAACCGUUUGUACGUGUGGAAUCUUCACUCCCUGUCGCCUGUUCAGACGUACACCGAACAUUUGGCAGCCGUCAAAGCGAUCGCCUGGUCUCCUCAUCACCACGGCUUACUCGCUUCGGGUGGAGGCACCGCCGACAGGUGCAUUAGGUUCUGGAACACCUUGACCGGUCAGCCGAUGCAGUGUGUCGACACUGGAUCUCAGGUCUGCAAUCUGGCAUGGAGUAAACACAGCUCGGAGCUGGUCAGUACGCACGGAUAUUCUCAAAACCAGAUUCUGGUAUGGAAAUAUCCGAGUCUUACUCAGGUCGCUAAGCUCACCGGUCAUUCGUACAGAGUUUUGUACCUUGCAAUGUCGCCUGAUGGCGAGGCCAUUGUGACUGGUGCUGGCGACGAGACUUUGAGAUUUUGGAACGUUUUUAGUAAGGCGAGAAGCCAAAAGGAGAACAAGUCUGUACUGAAUUUAUUUACCAGUAUUAGGUAAAUAUUUGUUCGGAGUAAUAGGUAGUAGUAGAUAGCCGAUAGACAUUACUUAUACUUCUGGUUUUUUUUUCCUUUUUUUUUUACACUCUUUCUCUCGUCAAAUGUACAUAUUUGUAUGUUAUACAAAAACAUUAUACAAUUUAUACAUGUAUAUGUAUAAUAUGUAUAUGCAAUAUACGAUAGACCGCAAAUUAUAUAUACAUAUUAUAUAUACCUGUAUAAAUUUAUACAUAUAUAUAUAUAUAUCGGUUGUAAAUCAUGCAAAAUUAGUAAUCAUGAUAUAUACACGAAUGCAGUAUAUGUACAUGGGUAUGUAUUACGUGUGUAUAUGUAUAUCGGCGUGCUUAGCGAUAGAAUGAAGAAUCCUCGAUUUGGUUUUCAUUCGUAUUCUUCUUUCUCAUAUAUUCUCGCUACUUAUUAACUCUUCAAAUCUGUUUCGUAUCUAGUCUGAUAUUCGUGUCUUCAUUUUUUUAUUGCCUGUAUCAAGAAAUCUCAAAAUUACUUAUUUCUAUUACGCUCCUUCAAUUGACGUAAUUCAUCGAUGAUAAUAUGAAAUUCAACUUCAGUAUUGUUGUACCUUUUAUGUACAGUGUGUACCCGUUAUUCAAGUAGCAUUCAAAGAUCCCUUAAGAUGCUGUUUUUUAAAUCAGAAUUUGUCUUACGAAAUGAAAUAUGCUAGAGUCUCGUGGAUAUUUGUUGAAGACUAGAAAUGAUAGAUUUGAAGAGUUGAGGUAAAAGAAUAUCAGCAUGGGCAUCUCUAAAUUCUAUUUUCUAAUAACCAUAAACACCAACAAAUUUAUGAAUGUUAUAACAUAAGAGUAUGGGUGCGCCACAAGCUGUGUAAUACCAGUGAGUAUGGAUCUAGGCUUUUUAGACAAAUAUUACAAUACACCACGUACUAGAGUAAGUUCAUGGAGACGCACACACGCAAAUAUAUAUAUAUAUAUAUAUAUACACGCGCAUAUAUAUAUGUAUAUAUUUAUAUAUUAUAUAUUAUAUGCAGCCUGCGACACGCCGAGCCUUGUGUGCAAUAAGUCAUUAUUACAGUCGAGACCGAAUCUGCCCUUUCAAGAAGAGAAAUACCAAAGCAAACUGCAGGGCGUAAAUAAAGUUACGCUUUAUAUAUUGUAUAUUAUAAGUGCAUCUAUUUACUAUGCACAGAUUGUGUAAAUUAUAUUCCUUUUUUUUUUUUUUUUUCCCCCCCACUCAACGAGUUCGGAAAUUAUAAUAAUCGCUGUAGAUUAUUGAACGGCUGAAUUUUAAAGGAAAUGAAUUUCUUGGGUACGUGUAACAAAAACUAAAGCUUACCAAAUAUUGAGAGAACGGAGCUUUUAGUUUUCACUUUUGUUUUCUUUGAAGCAAGAAAAUAUAUUCAGAGGACAAUCCUGGUAGAUGAGUGUCAUUUGUAAUUUUGUCCAGUACAAAGUACUAAAUUGUCGAUUAUUUUUGGACAAGCUUUAUUACUAUCACUAUUAUUAUUAUUUUGUUAUUAUUAUUAUUAUUAUUCAUAUUACCUUAUUAGGAAGCACUUACGUCUUUGAGACAUAUAUAUACAUAUUUUUAUAGCACGCUGUGAUCGGCCGUUAUGUUUGCGGAACACAUUUCGUAUGCAGUUUAAACUUGGGCCAUUAAUUUAGGAUAUAUGAAUGCAUACAUAUAUACAUAUAUAUAUACAUAUUUAUUCAACUAUAUACUGUAUAUAUAUGUAUACGUUUUUGUUUCAAACAUAUAUAUACAUAUUUUUUUUUUUUUUAUCCUCACCGUCAUUUCGCUCGCGUUUAUUUUGACGUCGUACAGCCGGGAAGUGAAGAAUUAAUAUUAUUUUUUAUUUUAUAUACAAAUUUUUAUUUAUGUUUCUUAGAAUCUAGCUUACCUUAGGAUAAAAUUCCUGUAAUAAUUUUUCAUAUUAUUAGUUGAACGAAGGCGAGGAGCCCAUAAAUGUGUAGAUAUUUUUUUUCUUUCGAUUCUUUAUCCCGCUAAUUGUUUAUUUUUUUUUUUUUUUCUCCCUCACUUUUUUUCAGUUGGUUGUAGUUUCUUAAAAGGGCAGAUUAUUCAUAUUAUGUGUUUUUAUCUCUCUUGUAACGUAUGUGCUGUGUCCGCUCGGGUAUUGGCAGGCUGGCCAGUCAGACCCCUUAAAAAUUUAUACAGACACUAGAAGGCUGUUUUCCUUGCCCCUCCUGUCGAGGGGAUUUAUUUCUAAAUUAUGAAUUAUACGUAUAAUUGCUUAGAAAACGUGUUUUCAUUUUUUAUCCCUCUUUUUUUUUUUUUUUUUUUUUUUUACCUUCAAUUUAGAUACAUCAUUUAUUCUUACUAUGAAAAAUAAUAUAUGUAUAUAUAUAUUUUUACUUUUUUUUUUUCUCUCAUACUUCUCGAUAAUAUACUAUACCUGACAAGAAACGCAUAGAAAGAAAAGAAAAAAAUUUACCAACGAAAAAUGAAGAAAAAAAAAAAAAAAAAAACGAAAAUUUAAUAUCCUAAUAUUUUUGCAAAGUCAAGUAAUUUGUACAAAUUUAAACUGAAACAUGAAUUUACUAAUUUAUAUAAAGCAAAACUAAUAUAUUAUAGUUAUCUAUUCACUGUCGUGUGUAAAAAAAAAAAAAAGAAUUAUUCACUUCCUCAGAUAUUUGAACGAGGUACAAUUUUGGAUUUUAUUCAAGUAUUGCUAGAGAAAAAAAAAAAUCGCUUGUAACAAGAUGCAGGCAUUUUGAUUGGCAAUAAUCAUGUAGUAGCUACAAAAAAAAAAAAAAUAAAAAAUACUUUUCAAAACUAAAUUCAGUAAUCUAAUUUUAUGCCUUUUCUUUUUCAUAUUCUUCUAAAUUUAAACUAGAGUCAAAUUUUUUUAUUUUUCUCAAGAGUUUGCAGUCAUACCUUGACAGAAAUGUGCCAAAUUGCAAUACCGCAUUAUCGAUUUCAUUAUAAUACGCAGAGCGUGGAAGGGACUAACAUUGAAAAGAUGACAUGAAUAUUUGGCCAUUCGUUUCAAAUGUUAUGUAAUUAAACGCUGACCUAAACUGCUUACGAGCAAAUUUGCAAUUACAAACAGUUUUCGCUGCAGGCUAAAAAUUUCGUCUUCGAUGCAAAGCCUGAUAUAUUUCAUUCGAAAUUCAAUUGAUAAGUGAAUUGUUCCUCAUGUAUUGACGAUCCAUCGAUAGAAUUGCAAGCAAGAUAAGAUAGUAAAUAAAUAUCCAUUUGUGGGGUAAUUUGCGUUUUAUAUUAUGCAGAUUCUAUGCUAUAUAACAACCAAUAAGUAAGAAUUAAAUUAGACGGAAUUUUAUAUUCGUUUCAAUCAGUUUGGCAAUUCGAUAAUUAGCGACGAUUAUUAUUUGUACUCCAAUGAAAGAAAUUCCGUUCAAUUUUUCUAUUCUUUGAAUAAAUUGUCAUUAAUAACGAUGCUAUUGCAUAUUUAGGAUAUAAACACACUGCUAAUAAUGAAUAAAUUACUUUGGCUAAUGCAUCAAGUCAUUGAAUAGAACCCACUAAUUCACUAAAUAUUAAUCGCAAUUAAUGAUUAUUAAGGAUAAUUAAUGUAUCGCAAUUCACAAAUCUUAUCAUUGUAAUAUAGUUACUAUAUUCGAGCAUGCGUCGUCCAUUUUUCCACGUGUGAUUAUAAAUCCUCUAUUUAAAUACAUUUAUCGAAUUUAUAUGUAUAUAUACAUAUUAUUACACAUGCAUAAAACAUAUGUAUUUAUGUAUGUAUGCAUAAGUUUAGUGCCGAAUAAACAAUAAAAGCUUUGAAUGUAGUGUGACUUAUUUUUAGAUAGGAUAAAAAGAAUUUAAAAAAAUACAUAUAUGUGUAUAUUAUAGGCAAGAAAAUGAAAAAUUUCGUCUCGAUUUAAUUUGUUACCUCAAUAUGUAUAUUGUUAUGAAAUUUUUUAUCACACCUGGUCUGUAGGCAAUGCGGUGGGAAGAAAAGCGUCGAAACUAACAUGAAAAUCUCAUUUAAUGUUUGCACUUUCUAAUACGUACUAUACAGAUAUAUAUAUGCUAUAUAUAUAUUAUAUCAAAUGCAUUGAUCUCACUCUCAGAUUUCAUAUUUUAGAAGCUUUUCAUUUCAGUGCAUUGAAACCGAUUCGAUGCAAUUUGUGUGUGGUACAUAAUUUACUAAAUCCAGAUUAAAUCAGGAUUCAAUUUGAAUUACAAAUACAGUAGAGAUAGAAUUAAAAUCAGAUGUUAAAAAUUAGUUAGGCUCUAAGGCACAUAUAUAAAUGAAAAAAAUAAAUAAAUAAAUAACUAAAUAAUUAAAUAAAAUAAUAUAAAAAUCAACAGCAUAUUUUAUACUUUUUAAAUAUUGUAUUGUAACCAGAUAUAUAAUUAUCCAUAAACGAUAAUUAAGGGUACGGAAAAUUUUAACAAUAAAUUUCAGAUUAUUCGAUGCAUCAUAGUUUUAUUUUGUUAUACCUCGAUCGCUCCGUUUCAUCUUGUCAAAACUUUUUCACGGAAAGAAUGUUGACUUAUAAUUAGGUAAAAAUACACGUGGGGUAGUUAAUAAUAGAUUUAUUAAAAAAUAGAUACACAUUUUCUUUUCUCUGAAUUAUAAUAGUAUGCAACACAGCAGUACUGCUUAUAAGAACAGGAAAACUUAUGUAUUCAAAAUAAUGUUCUAGUAUGCUCAUUUAUCAAACGUACUUUAUAAAUCCUUUAGCACAAUUAUAAUAUGGAAACGGAUUUCAACAAUACAAGAAUAAUUCUACUUAUUAUACAACUCUUACUUUUUCACACACUGCACGAAAUUAACCUUCAUGAUCAAAUUGUACAACAUUUUUUUGUAGAAAUGUACACAUGUAUCCGAUAUUUAAAUAUUUCAUACGUGGUUGGAAAAGGGUGGC